AUGGUCCUUUUACACAGAAGCACACACAUAUUCCCCACCGAUUUUGCCUCUGUUUCACGCGCCUUUUUCAAUAGAUACCCUAACCCAUAUUCCCCCCAUGUGCUUUCUAUAGACACGAUAUCAAGGAAGGUUGACCAGGAGGGAAAUCUGCGCACAACAAGGUUGUUGAAGAAGUCAGGAAAGUUGCCCACAUGGGUCAAGCCAUUUCUGAGAGGAAUAACUGAGACGUGGAUAAUCGAAGUUUCCGUAGUUAACCCCACUAACUCCACGAUGAAGACUUACACCAGGAACCUAGAUCAUACCGGAAUCAUGAAGGUGGAAGAGUACACUACCUAUCAGUUUGACAGUGCUACAAGCAGUACGAUAGCAGACAGUCAGGUGAAAUUCUCCAGUGGUUUCAAUAUGGGCAUCAAAUCUAAGGUGGAGGAUUGGUCACGAACUAAGUUUGAUGAAAACGUAAAGAAAAGUAGAAUGGGGAUGGCAUUUGUCAUCCAGAGACUCGAAGAGGCAAGGAACCCUCAGUUUUAA